GCGGAGCAAAACAAAAUCUCAAAGAGAAUCGUUAAUUACUGAGUGCACUUAGAUAAUUUAGAAAUACUGAUGUGUCAUUCAUUUGCACUUAUAUAGAAAGAAGCAUACGCGACAGUAUAGAACGGGAAUUAAUGCGAGUACAAAGUCUUAAUUCUUCUACGCUAAGUUUUCAAACGCAGUUUAAAUUCAUCGCGAAUAAUACAAUAUGAAAAGACUGAAUUUUCAAAAUGUGAAUACUUUAAACAAUCGAGCAAACAUGCUCUCGGGGAAUCUUUUACUGGUAGCAGGUGAUGGCUCGCAAUUUCCAAUACUGUGGCGUAUACAUAGCGCCGUUGUGUGGUUAAUGCAGCUGAUUUAUACGAUCGCAUUGCUCGCCGGAAUAAUUGUGACGCCAAAAGAAAAGGCUUUGAAAGACGGUACUGUCGCCGUAGUUGUAAUCAUCGAGUCGUGCUUCUUGUUUACGCGUAUUUACGUACAGAGAAAAGAAUUGGCACAACUGAUCCAGAAGAUGAAUGACAUUCUACAAACUGCGGACGAGAUCAUGGAAAAUAUUGUGAAGGCAACUCUGAAACCAAUAAUAACGCCGUUUACAAUUUAUGGAGCAGUUGGCGUGCUAUCUAUUGCCACAUGGACAUUGACACCAAUUUUAUUAAUUCUCGAAAAGACUACUUUUCUCUACGUAGAUUACAAUUUACCAUGCGCUUUCACCGCUGAGCCAUUCUCAAUCGGCGUCUUGAUUUGGACAACUAUCUUCAUGACAAUUGCCAGUCUAUACAGCUUUUUGAAGAAAUACAGCGUGGACAUAUACAUGAUGCAUCUGGUGUUGAUGUUAACCGCACAAUAUCGAUACAUGGCAGUAAAGUUAUCAUUAUUAUUUCGUGAUUCACAAGACAAUCGUGACAAGACUCGAAAAGAACAUCAUUCUAUAACAGAAAAAAAAUUGAAAGCAUUAUGUCGACAUCAAAAUACUGUUUUGCACAUAUCAUUUUUGUUAAGGAAACUUCUAUCAGUGAACUUCAGUCUAUUAUAUAUCAACAGCGUUUUUCGGUUUUGCUUUAUAGGUAUUUUAAUGAGUUCAGUGCCAUAUAUGACACUCAUGGAAGCAAUUUCGGUUCUAUCGUUUACAAUGGGUUCAAUAACACAAUUCUUUUUGUUAUGUUCUUCCGUACAAACAUUAUCAGACGCGAGUGUCGAAGUGACGGAUAAAGCGUUUGAUGAAGCGUGGUAUCAAUUUGGACCAUCAAUGAAACGUACAUUCAUAUUACUGAUAAUGGCUAACAAUCUAGAUUGUAAAAUUGCAGCAAUUGACAAAUUCAAUCUGUCCCUGCCUUCAUUUAUGACGAUCAUGAAUCAAUCAUAUUCGGUCGCUCUUUUAUUUUUAAAAGCAAAUUGA